AUACAAUUAUUACAAAUUAAACUAGUGUCACCGCCGUGUGUGACAAUCACACCGACAACAACGGCCUAUGCCUUUUGUGAACUGUUGGGGGCAACAUUAGCGUAUAGUUAGCCGGAAGUGUAGAAGAAGAAGAAGAGAACGAAGAAGAAGAAGGAGUAAACCCGCGACGCGCAAGGAGGAGCACCAUGUAAUGUUAUUUCAAAUUCAUAACAAAACGUUUUACUGAUAUGAAUAAUUUUUCUUUUCAUACGUUGAUGAAAACACACCUCAGGCACAAUGCGUUCUUGUACAUAAACGUGUGCGACGUUAUAACGCGACAAAACAAUCCGAAAUUUAAAUGUUCCACUCACACUAGCUAGUUCGUAGUUUGUGAAGGCAGUCAGAGAAAAUGGAGGAAAUGGUGAUGGAAUCGGAGUCAGCAGAAAUUUCAGGAUCCGCACCACAACAGGGGGUCGCUGAUGCUUGGGAAACCGUCACUGCAGCUUUGAUGUCUCCUGGCUGCCCAGUCUGGGAGCAGAGCCUCUGCGACUCGUUGGCCCUGCUGUGUGGUCAGGGUCUGGGUCGGCUGCUGGGCGGCUGGCUGCUGGAGACUUUGCAGAUCCAUCUGUCCUCCUUGGUGGUUCCUGAGUUCUGGUCCGGACUCAAACAGCCAGAGAACGAGCUGGAGGAGAGAGGCAGGGCCUGGGUCCUCCUCACUGCCUUUCGAACUCUGUUAGGCCGACUGGAACCUUUCCUGGGUGGUUUGGAGAGGCUGGGUACGUGGCAGGACGAGGGCCACCGGAGUCUCUGUGGCCCAGGGCCCAGGGGCCUCCAGGAGCGGGCCUUCACCAUCAUCAGGGCCCUCCUCCUCUUCUCCCCCUCCCCUGUUCUCCAGGAGCGAGUGCUCGAGUUUUACAGCAGGACCUUCUCAGUCUAUAUGAACCAGGAGGGGGGGGCCGAGGACGGGGCCGAGGUUCCCGAAGGCCCGGAGGGAGGGGACUGCCGGGGCUGCGGGGUCCCCACACAGCAGUGCUGGUGUCAGGAGGCCCUGGAGCAGCUGCAGGAGCUCAGCCACAUUCUUUCCAAACUACAGCUGCUGGAGUGGGUCAGCUCCGAGGCCAUCACCUCCAUCCUCCACAAGCUCAUCGAGCAGCGAAUGGAGCAGCACUGCCGGGGCGAGUACGAGCGCUCCUUCCUGCUGGAGUUCCAGGAGUGGUUGGAGCUGGUGCUCGGCUGGCUGAGCAAAGUGUUUGCAAGCGAGGCAGAUGGAGACGCUCAAGUGCCUGCCCCCAGUGCCCCUAGUGCCCCCAGUGCUCCCAGCACGCAGGCUGGCCAGCCUGCCAGCCCCGUCCUGAAGCAGUGGAGGUGCCACAUGCACCAGUUCUUCUGCAGGAUCUACGUCAACAUGAGGAUCGAGGAGCUCUUCAGUAUCAUCAGAGAUUUCCCAGAAUCUAAAGCUGCCAUCGAAGAUCUCAAGUUUUGUCUGGAGAGAACCAACCAGAGACAGCAGCUCCUCACUUCGCUCAAGUCUGCUUUUGAGAGCCGUCUGCUGCAUCCAGGAGUUCACACGUCUGACAUCCUCACAGUUUACAUCUCGGCCAUCAAGGCCCUGAGAGAGCUCGACCCGUCCAUGGUCAUCCUGCAGGUCGCGUGCCAGCCGAUCCGCAAGUACCUCCGGACUCGGGAGGACACGGUGAGGCAGAUCGUGGCCGGUCUGACUGGAGACGCUGAGGGCUGCACAGACUUGGCCUCCGAGCUGUCCAGAGGCGACCCGGUCACUCUGGAGAUGCAGGACAGUGAUGAGGAAGGCAACGACCCAGAGGACUGGACCCCGGACCCGACCGACGCCGUCCCCGAUAAAAUGGGGUCAAAACGUCGCUCGUCGGACAUCAUCAGCCUGCUGGUCAGCAUCUACGGCAGUAAGGACAUCUUCAUCGAUGAGUACAGAGCCGUGCUGGCCGACAGACUGCUGCACCAGCUCAACUACAACACCGCCAGGGAAAUUCGUAAUGUGGAGCUGCUGAAGCUCAGGUUCGGGGAAUCUCACAUGCAUUACUGCGAGGUCAUGCUGAAGGACAUGGCGGACUCGCGGAGAAUCAACAGUAACAUCCGUGAGGAGGAGUCGAGGCUGAGCGAGGAGGAGCAGCCGCCGCUGUCCCUGUCCUCCAUCAUCCUGUCGUCUGAGUUCUGGCCUCCGCUGAAGGAGGAGAAGCUGGAGCUCCCUCCAAUCGUGUGCCAGGCCAUGGAGGCCUACACACACCGCUACGAGAAACUCAAGGCCAUGAGGACUCUGAGCUGGAAGCCUCAUUUGGGCUCCGUCACUCUGGACGUGGAGCUGGAGGACCGCACCCUCAGCAACCUCACCGUCUCUCCCAUCCACGCCGCCAUCAUCCUGCACUUCCAGGACAAAAGUUCCUGGACUCUGGAGGAGCUGAGCCUGAAGCUGGGUGCCCCGAAGGAGCUGGUGCACAGGAAGCUGGCGCUGUGGCAGCAGCACGGCGUGCUGAGGGAGGAGGCGGGAGGCCGCUACUACGUGGUGGAGACGGGCUCAUCCAAAGAGAAGCUGGAGAGAGGCGUGAUGCUGAUCGACAGCGACGAGGAGAGAGACUCCAACACCACCACCCAGUCUGAGCAGAGGGAGGAGAAGCUGCAGUUGUUCUGGGCUUACAUCCAGGCCAUGUUGACGAACCUGGACAGCAUGACGCUGGACCGCAUUCACUCGAUGCUCCGGAUGUUCGUCGCCACGGGGCCCGUCGUCACGGAGAUGGACGUCAACGAGCUGGAGGCCUUCCUGCAGAGGAAGGUCAGGGAGCAUCAGCUGAUGGUCUCUGCAGGCGUAUACCGACUCCCCAAAUCCAACUGAUGGAGGACGAGCUGCUCAAAGCUGACGCUGCAUUCGAGUGCUGUGGGAAAUGUAGGAAAAGGCUGAUCUCUCCAGCUGUGGCAAAGGAAUGAUUCUGAUUUCAGCUUCAGAGUCAUCCAGGAGCACCAGCAUAUCAGACUGAACUUCUGCUUUGAUAUGGAUGGAACCUCAUGUUUUGGUUUUCAAAGUAAAAGCACCUCGGUUCAGUGUUGAUGCUGCAGUCAGAAGUGAUGUCAUUGUGAAGGUUACUGGUGUGGAACACGGAUGUAUAAUGUAAAUGUGUCAUUACAGAAACUCUUGUGAAAAACA